AAAUUCUGGGUUGUGUGUUGUGUGCAGUUUUAGAGACACGGUGCAGGCUGGGAAACCGAACGCCUGUCGCUGGUUAUUGUCGGUCAGUGGUACGAGUCUGUGUGUGAACUGGACCAGCUGCUAGGAAUGGGACAGGAAAAUUCGUUGCUUCUGCUCCGGGAUCUCGAGGCAGCCAGUGCCAGUGAGUGACGUCACCGCGGGCCGUAAACACGUACUGUUGCGGAGGAGUGCUUUCCUACAGGAAAAGGUUCCAUUUUUCUCGUACUCGGUACAGAUUGGACUCACUUGUUGUGCAAUUCACGCUCGAUUACCUGGAACAGUGCCAGAAAUUCAAUUGAGUACAUUUUUAAUGACCGUCCCGAGGUUGGUUCGUGCAAUCGGUUAAAGUUUUUCCGAGUAAAUUUGCUAAACAGGAAGAUGAAAAGUGUGUGAAAUUUAUUGGCACUCUAUUUGGCCGCUUUGCAUCGCGUAUUCUCUUGCUCUCGCUGGAUGGUGCUCAGUUUGUUUGAUUGUGAAUUCAUCUCUCGCACCAGGAUCUAUCUUUGUGUGAUUGUGUAUGUGUGUGCGCCGUGUCCUAUCCUAGCAUCCAUUCACCGGAGCGCAGCAUAGAUGGAAUAGGAUAGCAAAACAGCGAAAAACUGCUGAAUUGUUUGGAUUGUUUAAGCGUACAUUCUGUGCGAUUGUGGAACAUUUUUCGGUGUUUCCAGUGUUCAACCGCGUGUGUUGUCUAGUUAUAUAAGCAAUUCCACGCGAGGUCGUAGGGCCCACUCGGUACCAAGAUAGUCUUCUUUCGAACGCGAAUGUCGAUAGUUAUUUAUCUGGCAAGUACUAAUCGAGAUAAUUGCUGUAUGUUUUAGUCCUGCCAGCACAAAUUAGCUCAUUGAAGGGGAAAAUGUUGUGCAGAUGUGGAAGAAAGUUCUCGGAAAAGUGGCAACAUCACCUAGCCUCAUGUUGCGGUUGAACACUCGCGAGUGAUUGCAUUUGCGUUCGUCCGAAACGGGAAAAGCUUGUCAUUCACUUGUGUUCCGUUACUUCCUUUCACGGAGGCGUUUUUCGGUCGUGAGAUUGAUAGCGCGUUGAUCUGGUUGGUGUCUUACUGAGACUGCUGGAAGCUCUUUCACUGACGGGGUUGACCUAUCACAGAGUACAUUCUCGGCCGUCAGCCUCGUUGCUUUACCGACCGUGCAGCGAUGUAAAAGUGCGUCAUAUGAAUUAUUCAGCGAGUGAAUGAACCAAGCGAACUUCCGGAAGAAAGAAGAGGAAGAAAACGAAACAACAGGAAGGCGUCGGAGCCCACUCGCAGGCUCACGAACGUGUGCAUGGAUUAUUAACACCGUCAACAGCUGGUCGUGCUUCCUGAUAUUUUCACCACUGGGACGUGCUUCCCCGCGUGCGAUGGACAGGUUUGCACCACGCUUCCUCGCUCGGCAAUAUCGAGGCGUCUUCGUCACAGUCGACCACAAAUCUAGCGGCGCGAAGUUACGAUUCUGAAGAUGAAACCAUGGGUAGGAAAAAAGGACGUCCUUUCGACACAAGACCAGGUUCAAGGCCACCCGUUUACUCGAAGGGAGACAUCCGUGAACAGUACUGCCUGACAGACAGACAGCUCAGCUCGAUAGAACAGCCACGGCGGGAGCGUUUUUUCGGUUGCUGGUCCGGUCGUAAUGCACCGCAGUCCUUCCUGGGGGUAUGCGUCGGGCGGAGAGCACCGUCGGAUGAGAAUCUUGCCGAUUACGCACCGAUCCAGCGGUAUCCCAGAUACAUUCAACCGGGACCGAUUACGAAAUCCAUUCUGCAGCAGUACGACGAUGAGUUGGACAAUCCGUACUUCCGGCGGAAACCGACAUCCUUUCUUGCCGGCAGUGGAGGCACUGGCAUGGUCACGGGAAGUAGUGUCACCUUGCCGGCCGGGGACGUGAGACGCUGUACCUGGAUGCCUCUGGACGAUGAUGCCGUGCGGAUAGAGGGCCCAAGACUUCAACGACAGCAGGACCUGCAGCAGCAGCAACAACAGCAGCAGCUACACCAGCAAUCGCAAGUGGACUUUUCACCCAGUCCAAGUUCGCUCUCGGCCAGUUCGCCGUUCAUUAUCACCGACAGUCCGCAAUUGACAUUUCCGUUGAACUAUUUGAGCCACAGCAGUGAACAGCUAUCAGGACUGUAUCGUUGUCUAGCACACACGGAGCUGCCGCCGGCUCCGACGCCACCACCACCACCCAACAUUGGCCUUAUCGACGGCAUGGCAGGCGGACCACCAAGAACCAAACACGUCAGUUUCGCCCGCUCCUACACCCUGACGUCAUUCGAUGAAGCCAUGGGCGGCCGACCUCGGUUGGCAGCAGCUAGAAGCCAGGAAAGACUGAUAGGCGGUAAGAAGCCAACAAUUACACUGUCCCAGCAGCAAGCGACCACACAAUUCGGCACCCCGAUGCACUCCAUCCUCCAGCAGCCAAAUCACCAGCCACUGUUAGUCCAGCAAUUACAGCAACAGCACCAGCAGCAUCAGCAAAUGGUCGGCCAGCCACAGGUACCCUCAAUUCAUCAGCACAUACACACUCACCAACAUCUGCAGCACCUUCAGCCUGUUCAUCCCGGUCAGCUCAUUAGUCAGCAUCAGCACCAGCAUCAGCAUCACCACCCGGUGAUCGCCGCACAGUCUCAGCAGCAACAGCAACAGCACCAUCAACCACCGGGAAGUGGUUCACUGUUGGUUCCUCCGACGCCUCCAAUUGGUGCCCAACCGGAAGUUGUAGUGGUUGAAAAAAUAAAACGAAGUGCCAUGAAAACGCAAGCCACCCAGACAGAGGUUUACGUUGGCAAGAAGGCAGCUCCACCCCACCAUCUUUCGCUAAGUCCUCGGACCGUUCACAGGGUAAAAAUGGUUUCCCAGGGAGCACAAACCAACGGGGGCCUGAACGGGAGGAAACUGACAAAAAGCCUCUCCGAGGCGGCGGACCGGGUACAGGAGAACGGCAUCGAUGGAACGCAGGACGACGGUCCCAAAACUCCAACCGAGCACGAGUUUCUUCAUCGAACACAGUCUGAAGAACCACCCAAGUCACCAUUUACCAUAACCUCACCGUCAUCCAAAUCACCGCUCAUGCAACAACAUUUCGAACUGCCGUCGCGAACCUCGUCUCGAAUGAGCCACUCGGAAACGUCCCGCAGCGACAUUUAUCCCCCCGAUACGAUACUAACCCAUUCGCGGAAUCACUCCCAGGACAGUGCGACUUCCUGCCGCUCGACAGAUGGAUCGCGAUCAUCCUACGAAGCAAGUUCCUAUCCGUACGAAAUGUACGACAGCGUCGUCAUUCCGAGGAGGGGAAGCCACACUCUUUCCACUGAACCAUUCCAAGUACUGCGCAGAGACAUCGAACAGAUUCACUAUCACGGUCACGAGAAUGGUUACGCAUUCGAAACACACAGUCUUCCGAGACGAGUCUGCAUUCACCACAAACCGGAAGAAUUCCAUACUCACACAUUGCCACGUCGCGAUCAUCAUCCGCAUCACCAUCAUGAGAUCAUCUUCAAGGAUCAACUCAAACUUCCUCCCCAGGAGAUUCUGAUCUCCAACGGUAGCGUUAACCAAGAUAUUCGUUCUUUCGACAGCAACAGUCUCAAUAGGCGAAUGUCCGCCCAUGCGACGGCACACCAAGACAAGCAAAGUCAACCGCAACAACGAAGAGCUUCCGCGUACGCGUACGUAGCUCCCGAAACACACACUCUGACCCGAAGAAACUCCAUAACCCACCAACAGGUUCAAAAAGUACAACCAAUGGUCCAAGCACAACAAUUACAGCAACCUCAAAAGCAACUCCCAGUGCAACCUCAACUCCAGCAACAGCAGCAGCAGCCACAGUUUCAACCUCUAAUCAAACCUCAACCACCAAUUUUCUCCCAACCUUCACACCCACCGCCGCCCUGUCCAAUAACCCCACCCAACAUCCAACCGAUGGACAUGCAGGACGAUACAAAAUCCUCUUCCUCGUCCGAAAGCUGCUCUACGUGUGACUCCGAAAGCGAGAAAGACGACAGAGAAGAAAAGGAAAUCUUCAUAGACUUUAAACCUCGAGUCUCACCCGUUCCGUCACCGAAUGCGGUGAAAAAGAAAAAAAUACAAAAAACCCUUUCCGAGGGAGAAAUCUUGCUGGAUCGUAAAAAAGUUCGUCUACCAGCGGACAUCAGUACUGUUUCAGCCAGCGAAGAAGAUCUCAAAUCACCCGGCUAUCAAACGCCCCUACAACACCCGGACACUAAUCUGCAGUUCAGCGGAACACCGAUCAAAGAUGAGGGUAUCUUCAUCGGCAGUCCACCGGCUGACGUGGAACGCAAGAAGGCAGCGCUCCGAAAGCGAUCGGUUAGUUUGGAUGUUCCAGUCAGCGUCGGAGAUCGCGAUGAUGAUGACGACGGGCCCGAGGAGAAAGGUCUGCUCGAGGAGCUCGAAGCGGACGCCAAGGAGGACCGAAUGGGAACUGCUCCGCCUUCACCUUCGAGGGUAGACGAUAAACUCUCGAUCAAAUCGCUCUCGUCGCCGUUCCACUCGUCCGAAUCGCUUGCAACGAGGGAUAACUCGGAUGGGAUCUGGAAUGAGUCACAAGCUACCAUUAUGACGCCGAGCAUUACUGACAAUGGUAAGCUGACUCCAUCGUCUAAAAGGAAGCAGAUGCUGUUACAGCAUCAGCAGCGCAGCUCACUGGACACGGAUGCCCUGGAUAUGGAGGAUAUCGCUGAUCAGCCCCUCCCGCCUUUGCCAGUAACUGUGGUGUCAUCAUCGUUGCACAGUAUUUCCACAACGUCACCAACGGGUAUCCCGGCUGCGGUUGCUCCUCCACCCCAGGUAAUGCCAUCCGCAACGGCACCCAUCUCCACUAGCCUUGUCAGUGCAGGGACGACGGUAACAACCGGCAUCGUGAAACCGACGCCGUCCAUAGCCAUCAUUCCGUCGCUAAGCAUGGAACGAGAGGAACGAGAACUACAGCAGCAACAGCAGCAGAAGCAGAUGCAGCAAAAUACUGCCACCUUGAGGCGUCCCUCGAGGCCUCUGUCGCCUUCGAAACGACGGGGAAGCGACCAGAAGAAGCUUCCCAAGAUCGAACCACUUAUCCAUCGAUCCCCCGACAGCAACGAACGCAUCGUGCCUAUCCUGAAGGACCAAUCGCCGAUCGGCGAAUCUACGACAGCAUCCGGACCGCAGUCGCCUCCAGAUUUGAUAAAACCUGCUGCGCCCACCCCAACGCAUCCACUACCAGCAGGAGGCAUGCCCUCGGGUCGACCCCACGCAGGUUCCACUCGCUUCGAGCAGGUCAAACUGAAGGGCCUGGAUGACCGUGACCUGUUCGGUGAUGGUGGGGCCGGAUCGGAGGGUAGCACCACCGAGGACUACGCUACCUGUACCGACAACUCCAAGCGGACCGGUUCCGGCCACACGACGGCAACCGGUGGCCCAGCCAAAGGUAUAUUUAAAAGCACCCACGUCAUUAGACCAACCACCAUCAAACCAGUAACAACAGCCCACGUAACUCAGGAAGGUUCGUCGUUCGAGAGUGCUUCCUCGCUGUACAGUCUCGCCCGGGUGGAUGCGAUCUGCGAAGACACCCCACCGCUCGAGGAGAAACCGACGGUGCCACCGCAAAUUCCUCCGCUACCAAGACCCUCUCCAGCGCACUCGGUUAGUAGCAGUUCCAGCGGGAGCUUCCAGAUGGCAAGCAAGAAAAGUUCCCCGUCACGUUCCACGAUACCAAAAGCACUGCCAGCGAAGCCAAAAGUCAAACCGGAAUCAAUUUCCGAUGACGAACGGAGCGAGAAACGGUACUCCUCUUCGCACGACGAAAAAGACCUCAAAGGAACUCUGGGGCGGCCAACGCGGAGGGGACGCGACUGGAACGAAGAAGAACGCAGAAGGAAAAAAAGUACCUUCAAGCUGGAGUUCGAUAAAGAUUCACUCAAAACGUACACGACUCCAAUAUUAAGACAACCAAGUCCCGGUUUUAAGAAACUGUCACCGGAAGACAAAAGCGCCCUAAGCAUUCUCGAUGGCACCAGUCCCAGCAGCAAGCAGAAACGAUUUCGGCCUAAAACGAGAAAAUCACCCCGAACGCGAUCCGCUACUGGAGAGGAACCGAUCAGCACCCCCCUGCGCCGUAGCAAAACUCCUCUCAGCAGAAGUCCCGAGAAGCCUCAAGCUUCGAUGCUACCAACGCAAAUUGUGGCACCCAAACUCAGCCCCUCGCAGUUCUACUCGCAGCUGAAAAGUCCUCCGUCCGCCAGUUCACCUCGCAAGCAGCAGAAAAUAUCCCCGGAAAAACGACUGAAAGCGAUCUCCACGGAAUCGCUCCGUUCGGUUUCCCCCGGCUCGGAUUCAGUGUUCUACAGCGAAGCUGACGCUUUAUCCCAGUCCGAACAGCAAAUUCACUGUCAUCACUGCGGUAAGGAGGUCGAGGUGGUAAGCAUCCCAGGCGAAUCGGAAGAAUCCAUGACGGCUCUUACGCUCGACUCUACCGAUGGCGACAGGCCGGACAUCGUUCAGCCUCCGGAAGGGUUUGCUGACUCGCCGGAUUGUACUAAAACGCCGCAUCACACUCGGCUGUACAAGAAAAUGGAUAAGCGAUUUCGAUCCGAAGAUCGACACGCAGAUCGGCGUCACUACAAACCAAGGCAGGAGUACCGAGCGAAGAGUGAAGAACGCGGCAAAGAUGACACAGAGCCGAACAAUUUGCGACCCGCAGGAUCGUCACCUUGUGUCGCGCCUGUAGCUCCUCACGGUGAUCAUCAGGCCGAACCAGAGCAAGGUAUCUAUCAUGGUAAUUAUCGGGCGGGAGUAUGGAUCUGCAUUGCCGAUCGGGACGUCUGGCGGAGACACGAUUUGGCCGGCGAGGGCAGUUUCGAUAAGCCACCGCGGGAUUUGGCCGAGCGACGUGGGUCCACUGAAUCUGAGAAGGAUUUCCGCAAGAAGUAUCAAGCCAUCACGCACCGUCUGGUGCACCGGAAGUCCUGUGUGGAGAUGUACCGACGCCAGAAUACGAAUAGUUUUGAAAUAGACAAAACGGUUGUGGUUUGCCGAGAGUCCGGGGAGUUUGGUUUUAGAAUACAUGGAUCGAAACCGGUGGUGGUAUCUGCAAUCGAGCCGGACACUCCGGCGGAGACCUCCGGCCUGGAGGUGGGUGAUAUUGUUCUCUCCGUUAACGGGAUAUCGGUGAUCGAUAAGAGCCACUCGGAGGUGGUGAAAAUUGCUCACGCUGGAAGUGACACCUUGGAACUGGAGGUUGCUCGUACGAUUGGGGUUCUUUCGCCACUGGAGGACACCACGGCGAAUCCCGCCAUUUACUCCGGCUUCCUGUGGCGCUUCUCCAACACAACACCGAACAAAUGGGUUCGACGGUGGUUCUCGCUACGGCCAGACCACUGUUUGUAUUACUAUAAGUCUGAGUUGGAUAACCAACCAAUUGGUGCUAUUAUUUUGACAAACCAUAAGGUGGAACGACUUUCCAUGGACGCUACCGGGCGUCCGUUUGGGUUUACUGUGAACACCGAAGAAGGAAACAAGGUUCAACUGGCGGGAGACACCGACGAAGCUGCUAACAGAUGGAUUGCCAUAAUUAGUCACGCUGCCCAGCAGGGCGACCCCUGGCUGGAGAUUAGUGCGCGCAAUUUACGACUGCCAGUAAGUGCGAUUCAUAAGCCGGAUUGCGUUGGACUCCUCACCAAGCUCGGGAGUAAGUGGCGAUCCUGGACAAAGCGGUACUGCGUGUUGAAGGAUGCUGUGUUAUACUUCUAUCACGAUGCUAGUAGCAAGAACGCAUUCGGAAUGGCUUGCUUGCAAGGUUACAGAGUUCAGCCUUCGUCUGCCGGGGGCAAAAAGUAUGCCUUCGAAAUCGUUCCACCCGAACUAACUCUGAGGCAUUACUAUUUCCAUGCGGACACUGAAAUGGACAAGAAACGCUGGGUUGCCGCUUUGGAGUACUCGAUAGACCGCUGGAUGAAGGCUGGCUGAAACACACUGAAACGAUACGAGCAACUCGUAUAGUAUAUAUUUGGGCGCUUUCUCGCUCUUUUUCUUCCUCUGCAUUCGGUUACUCAACCGGCGAUAUUGUCGAUUCCUUCUCGAGUGGUUUUCCAUCUUCCCCUGACCGUUACGUGUCGGUCUCUAUAAAUCUUCUCUUGAAAACAAAAAACAAAAAACCGGAAAAUUACCACCGUAGAUGGGAGUCUUUUUUUAUUACUUCCGACAGCGCAAACUGGAUGGAUCCUGAACUUCAGCCAGCAACGCGAGAGCACAGAGACAAAGUACUACGACAAGGAGUCAAAAAUGUACAGUUAGGAUAUUUGGAAUUUUCGUUUUAUUUUCCAGAUUCGAGAACACGAGUAAAUGUUACAAUUAGAUAGUAAGUUGGGAGCAUUUUUGGAUACGUAUAAUUGUUAGCAUCAAAAUUCAAAUGCUCAAAAUCUGGUACAUAUGUGCGACUGGGUGCAAUUUUUUUAACGCUUAUUAUUAUGUGUGCAAUCUGGUUGGAGAACUAUACAAAACUUAGUCAGUGGAACUUUGAACCAACGAACUGAAGCAAGCAAAACUGUAGCUAAACGGAUAAAGUCAAACUACGAUACAAUAUAGGAACAAAGAAUAAAAGAAAUCAUGAUACAAGAAAUUACGCACACAUUACCGGAAAAAAACCUUGUCAGGCUAGUUGUACCGAAGCGCGUACUAGUAAACGUAAUUAUCUACAUAAAUAUAUCAGUGUAUUGUAUUCCAAAACAGACGACAUGCUGCAUGCCAAAACAUAAGAAAGCAUUUGAUAGUUCAUUGUUUAGAAUAGGCCGCAAGCAAAAAAAAAACGUAUUCCUGUGAGGAACAAAAAGAAAGUAUUUAAGCCGAGGAAAAUGUCUUACGUAAGUGAUUACAACAAUUUUUUGAAUGAGUAUUUCCAGCCUAGGUGUUAAAAAUUGCUCUCCAAUGUGUGAACCAAGCCAAAUAAUCGAUGUUUUAGAGCUUUAUAGCAUCAUUGGAUUUUUGUUAGACCGCGAAUGUUAAAUAGUUUAUCGAAAAGUUGAAAAUCCAUAAGAGAAAAUUUUGGACCAGAUGAACCGUUUGUUUGGAAUAGCUGCCUAUGAGAGGUUACAAAAUGGAAAGCUGAAAAGAGUUGUUUUAUUUUGGAAAAAAAACGUUGUUUGAGCUGCAGUGCCAAUUAUUCAGAUGGUAGAGUAUAAUUUAUUCAGAGCUUCGAUUUUUUUUUCUGCAGCAAUGCCAUAUAUUAACCGAAAUGCCAAUAAAUAUGGUAAGUAAUAAACAAGACCACCGAAUGGACGGACGAUUGUGGAUGGUUUCUGGUCGAAUCUUUAUUAGAAACCAUUAACAAUUAAAUUUGUUCCUCCGUUCGGUGCAAUUAAAAAUAAACAAAAAAUGAAACAACAAGUGCUUUGGUCUUCGUCGCGGCAGUGACACUUUUUGUUCGUUUGCAACCGCCUUCAUCUAUCUUUAUUCAAACCAAAAAACUUCGUAUUCUCACAUGCAAUAGCAAAUAUCCUCAGUCUUGACUCUCACAGAACCGUAGAUCCGAAUGGCGACAAUAACUGACAUUUUCAAGCCAAAUGUUCCAUACUCUUCACAUUCGAUACAUUAUUCUAGAAUUAAAUGCUUUACCCUGAAAAAGGUUUCGCCCUCUCGAGAGUGGCAAUUUCGAAAGCUUCUCCUACAGUUUUUGUUUCGUCAACAGCGCAAAGAAGGCAAACUGUUGCGCGCAAAACACCACACUGAAAGCCAAAAGAUAAAACGAAUGACCUUAAACCAAUGAACAAAAUAGUUGAGUCGAUAAAAAAACGAUUAGAUAACAAACAAAAAAUCUAAACAAAAUCCAUUUUUAAACUUGAAUUAAAUCGCAACGAUGAUCUAAUAAAACAAAAAUCACUGUGGAAUAAAUAUAGACUAGUUGAAGUUUUAUAAGAAAUAUAUAUUAUAGAAAGCAGAAUAGGUGCAGUCGAAAUAUCAAACUAGAAGCGAACAUUCAAUAUAGAAUAUUUACUAGCAACUGAAAUAAUCGAAAAAGGGUAUAAUAAUAGUGCAAUGUUCAAAGUUUUAUUUGAAUGAUAGUCUAAACGCAUCCAGCGAAUUCGCAAUUUUCCAUUCACUACACAGAAACAAACACACAAACACACAUUGCAACCUAAGUCAUGGCACUCAUCAGUAUUUGACACACAAAUUGAUUAUAUCGAAUAUCGACUAGUUAUAUAAAAUGUAUUUAAAAAAAUUCAUCCAACAAAAAUGGGUAAACCGCUUAAAACCGAGAUGCUAGAGGUACGAAAAAACUUACAGCAGCGAGAUUUGUCCGGGUUCACAACACUGCCAUCAUCGAAAUCUGCACGUACAGAAUGUAGAAGAAGACAAUCUCGUGUGCACUGGGAAAAAAGCAAAAGUAAAAUUACAGUCUGCCAGAAGCGGUGCAGUAAAACAGAAAGAGAGAAUAGCAUAGGAGGAGAGGAAAAAAAUUACGAAAAAAAAACAAGAAAGCAAAUUCAAACAAACCAAAACGAUGCGACUUAGACCAAUUCCUAAAUAGUGAACCAAAAUGUGAGAUUACAAAAAAUAGACGAUUAUUAAAAUGGUAA